GGCAAAUUUUGACAGUUGAAUUUAGGCUUUUGGUUAUCCGGAACUUGGAUUUGAGAAUUUGGUGGUUUUAAAAACAUUGUUAUUGUAUUUGCGUACCUAAAUGCAGGUUAAUUGAUUUACUAGAUUCAGUAAAACAUAUAUGAACAUUUUAUUGAGAAGUUUGAAACGAUGCACAGUUGUGACUUUCGGAAAUAGGUUUGUUUACAAUGUGCAACCUACUGAAAAUCUUCUGAAAUUGAUUGUAAAUACUCCGGCUUCAGCUUGGAUUAUACCCCACAAUACUGUAACCACAAUGGCACAAAGGAGCAUCACAUCGUUUUUUACAAAAACGCCUAAGAAAAGCAUUGAUAAGGACAGCAGCCUGGACAGUGAAGCCAGUCCAUCUGCCAAGGAUACACCACCAAGCAGUAAAACAUCCUCUACUGAAGAUACUGCAACUACAAAUAGUAAAACUCCAGUCAAGAAAUCAGUGAAGCGACAGAGGUUGGAGAGCAGCGGGAGUGAGUCUUGCUCCCCACAAAAGUCAUCUCCAGAACCAUCACCAGUUAAAGAAACAAAAAAGAAAGUUAAACGGCAGAGAAUUGAAAGUUCCAGCAGUGAACAGUCACAGUCUCCCAAAAAGAUACCUAAAGAAGAGAAAGUAUCUCCUAAAGUAGAGAAAAAGAAGUCCCCUAAAACUUACUCUUCCCCUAAAUCUAAGAAAGUUAAUGUCAAAGUAGAAAAGGUUCCGCUUGUUGAGAGAAAUGGCAAAGCAGAUAAAUCCAAGGACAAUCCUACACAGAAGAAAGAGAAAGAUGAAGUGAAGUCUGAGGUGGUCAAAGUAGAAAUAGAGUUGGAAGUUGCCAAAGAAAAUAAAAUCAAAGAAGAAGUUACAGAAAGCAAAAAAGUAGAAGAAACAGAAUACAAUCCAGCCAAAGCCAAGUACCAUCCAAUCAGAGAUGCAUGCUGGUCAGAAGGCCAGCCCGUCCCAUACCUCGCACUAGCCAAGACGCUGGAGGCCAUUGAGGGCACGUCCGCCCGACUCAAGAUGAUAGAGAUCCUGAGCAACUACUUCAGGUCGGUGAUGGUGCUGACUCCGGAGGACCUGCUGCCGAGCGUCUACAUGUGCCUCAACCAGCUUGCACCGGCUUACCAUAGCUUGGAACUUGGCAUAGCAGAGACCUACCUCAUGAAGGCGAUCGGUCAGUGCACGGGGCGCACGCUCGCCCAAGUCAAGGCGGCUGCACAGAAGUCUGGAGACCUGGGGCUGGUGGCGGAGCAGGCGCGCGCCACGCAGCGCACCAUGUUCCAGAGCAAGCCGCUCGAGGCACGGAAGGUGUUCCAGGCGUUGAAGGAUGUUGCGCAUAUGACUGGACAAGCGUCAGUCAAUAAGAAAAUUGGAAAGAUACAGUCGCUAUACGUCGCCUGUAGGAAUGCUGAAGCUAGAUAUCUAAUCAGAUCCCUGGCAGGCAAGCUGCGCAUCGGUCUGGCGGAGCAGUCAGUCUUACAAGCGCUAGCUUUAGCCGCCACCAUGACGCCGCCGCCGCAGCGAGACGUACUGGACGCGUCCAAGGGACUCACACCAGAGGAGUUCAAGGUAAUUCUCGACGCCACGGCUCUCCUAAUCAAAACCACCUACUGCGAGUGUCCGAACUACGACCAGCUGAUCCCUGUGCUGCUGCAGCACGGGGCGGCCGCGCUGCCCCAGCACUGUCGGCUCACCCCCGGCGUGCCACUCAAGCCCAUGCUGGCCCACCCGACUAAGGGCGUGCAUGAGGUGUUGAACAGAUUCGAAGGCCUAGAAUUCACAUGCGAGUGGAAGUACGACGGAGAGCGCGCGCAGAUCCACGUCCCCUCCCUCCCCGCCCCCGCCACCCCCGCCACCCCGGACACCCCCCUCGCCCCCGACACCCCCCUCGCCCCGGACCUGGCCAAGGCGGCCGUGUUCAGUCGCAACCAAGAAGAUAACACCACUAAAUACCCGGAUAUACUGCGGAGGCUGCCCGGGUUGCUGAAGGACAGUGUCAGUAGUUGCGUGCUGGAUUGUGAAGCGGUGGCCUAUGAUGUGGUGAAUAAGCAGAUAUUGCCGUUUCAGAUCCUAUCAACCCGCAAGCGCAAGGACGCUGUAGAGUCUGAGAUCAAGGUGCAGGUGUGCGUGUUCGUGUUCGACCUGCUGUUCCUGAACGGCGCCUCGCUCGUGGCGCGCCCGCUGCGGGAGCGCCGGGACCUGCUGCGGACGCACUGCCGCGAGGUGGAGGGAGAAUGGCACUUCGCCACCUCGGUAGACUGCAGCACGACGGAGGAGGUGGCGGCGGCGCUGGACGCGGCGGUGCGCGGCUCCUGCGAGGGACUCAUGGUCAAGACGCUCAGCGGGAAGGAUGCCACCUACGAGAUCGCGAGACGCAGUCGGAACUGGCUUAAGCUAAAGAAAGACUACCUAGACGGCGUCGGGGACACGCUGGACGUGGUGGUGCUGGGCGGCUACAGCGGGCGCGGGAAGCGCACCGGAGUCUUCGGGGGCUUCCUGCUCGCGUGCUACGACCCGCAGACCGAGGAGUACCAGAGUCUGUGCAAGAUCGGCACCGGCUUCUCUGAUGAGGAUCUGCAGACGCUCAGUGCGACGUUGAAGGAGCAUGUCAUUGAUGGGCCGAGGAAUUAUUACAGAUACGACAGUAGCCACGAGCCGGACUCGUGGUUCGCGCCGGCGGCGGUGUGGGAGGUGCGCUGCGCGGACCUGUCGCUGUCGCCCGCGCACCGCGCCGCGCUGGGGCUGGUCGAGCCCGACAAGGGAGUGUCGCUGAGGUUCCCCAGGUUUGUUCGUGUCCGAGAUGACAAGACUCCGGAGAACGCCACAUCAGCGCAGCAAGUGGCGGAGCUGUACCUGUCUCAGGACCAGGUGAAGAACCAGACCAGCAAGCCCACGGUGCAGGAUGACUUCUAUUAGUUACUAGAUAUACGCAUCACAUAAAUGUAAGGAAUUUAAUGUCUGGUGGCAUAGUCUACCCAUACUUUGCCCAAUGAAAUAAGAACUGAUAAGAGAUAUUAUAUUUUAUUUUGUGUAAGUAUAAAAUAAACUGAAUGUCUGAAA